ACUCUGCGCAGCCUGUGCGCCCCGCGAGCCCCGGAGGUCCCUCGGGAGGACGGCGGGUCACCCCGGAGGAAGCAAGCUCAGAAACCAUCUCCAGGACUGUGUCUCCUCUGCUGUGUGAGGCCCCAGUGGCUCUGACUGAGACUGUCUCCCUGUGAGCUGCAGGUGCUGUGAGAUCCCCAGGAAGGAUGUCUGGACUCCCCAGAAGGCAGGAAAUGAACUCAGUGGUCUUUGAGGAUGUGGCCGUGAACUUCACCCAGGAGGAAUGGGCUUUGCUGGAUCCUUCCCAGAAGAAUCUUCACAGAGAUGUGAUGCAGGAAGUCCUUAGGAACCUGGCUUCUAUAGGAGACAAAUGGGAGAACCAGAACUUUGAAGAUCAGAAUACAAAUCCCAGAAGAGAUCUCAGGCCCAUCAUAUCUCACUCUGCAAACAAACCACUUGAGAAUGAGGAGUGUGGAGGUAAGCCAUAUGAAUUUAAACGGAACAGAAAAUCCUUCAUGUCUCUCUCAAAUGUUCAAAGAAAAGUGUCAGUGUACACCGUAAAUGGAUCAUAUGGAUGUUUGACAUGUGGAGAAGAGUUCAGUUCUUCCAGGUGUUUUGAAAAAUAUCAAGACUCUUAUACUAGAGAGAAGUUAUAUGGAUGUAAGCAAGGUGGGAAGUCCUUUACUAGUUCAAAUGACUUCCAUUACAUUCAUGUUUCUCAUUCUGGAGAGACAGCUUGCAGAUGUAAGCAUUGUUGGGAAGGUUUUAUUAGUUUGGCUGACCUUAAAGUACAUGAGCAAACUCAUAAUGUGGAGAAACCUCAUAGAUGUAAACAAUGUGGAAAAGCCUUCACUACUUCCUCUUCCCUUCAAAUACAUGAACGAACUCAUACAGGAGACAAGCCCUAUGAAUGCAAACAAUGUGGAAAAGCCUUCAGUACUUCCUCUUACCUUCAAAUACAUAAACGAACUCAUACGGGAGAGAAGCCCUAUGAAUGUAAACAAUGUGGAAAAGCCUUCACUACUUCCUCUUCCCUUCAAAUACAUGAGCGAACUCAUACUGGAGAGAAACCCUAUGACUGUAAACAGUGUGGCAAAGCCUUCACUCAGUCCAGUCAGCUUCACACACAUGAACGAACUCAUACAGGAAAGAAGCCCUAUGAAUGCAAACAAUGUGGAAAAUCUCUUGGUAGUUUCUCUUACCUUCGAAUACAUGAACGAACUCAUACAGGAGAGAAGCCCUAUCAAUGUAAACAAUGUGGGAAAGCCUUCACUAUGUCCUCUUACCUUCAAAUACAUAAACGAACUCAUACUGGAGAGAAACCCUAUGAAUGUAAACACUGUGGGAAAGCCUUCAGUAGUUCUACUUGCCUUAGAAUACAUGAAAGAACUCAUACUGGAGAGAAACCCUAUGAAUGUAAACAAUGUGGAAAAGCCUUCAGUAGUUCUACUUGCCUUAAAAUACAUGAUAGAACUCAUACUGGAGAGAAACCCUAUGAAUGCAAACAAUGUGGGAAAGCCUUCAGUAGUUCUACUUGUCUUAAAAUACAUGAUAGAACUCAUACUGGAGAGAAGCCGUAUGAAUGCAGACAAUGUGGGAAAGCCUUCAGUAGUUCUGGUUGCCUUAAAAUCCAUGAAAGAACUCACACUGGAGAGAAACCCUAUGAAUGUAAACAAUGUGGGAAAGCCUUUGCUUCAUCCGGUAACCUUCACCCCCAUGAAAAAACUCAUACUGGAGAGAAGCCCUAUGAAUGUAAACAAUGUGGGAAAGCCUUUGCUUCAUCCAGUAACCUUCACUCCCAUGAAAAAUCUCAUACUGGGGAUAAUCCCUUUGUAUGUCAACCAUGUGGUAAAAUUUUUAGUGGUCCUCCUUAUCUGCAUGUGCACGAACAGAUUCACACUGCAUAGAAACCUUACGAAUAUAAAUAACUGUGGUAAAACAUUAUUUUUUUUUCUUUUUCUUCAAAUACAUGCACAAUAUCAGCGUGGAGAAAGGCCCUAUGAGGGUAAAUAUUGUAAAUCCUUCACAAAUUUGGCUUAUUUUCAAAUACAUGAAAAAACUCAUACUGGGGAAAAACCUUGUGAUUGUAAACAAUGUGGGAAAGACUUGUUCCUGUGGACUUUGUGUACACACAAAUGUUUAUACUGGAGAAGAAUGCUGUGUAUGCACAUGGUGUGGUAAAGCCUUCACUAGUUCUGCUUCUGUUCAUGUACAAGAAUGAACUCAUACUGGAGAGACUUCUGAUAAAUGUAAACAAUAUGGUAAAGCCUUUGUGUUACAGACCCAGCCAAUGACCUUGGGGCUGCUGGUGCUCUUCCUGAAACUAGCCUUGACAUCACUCCAGCUUGACUCUGUCAUGUAACCCUAGGAUUGUAACUACCAAUGCCAAAGGAUGGUUUCUGACCUGAGUGGGACUCACAUGAACUGAAGGCUUUUUCAGCCACAUUCUGCAUGUUCAGGAUUGCGGAUCUCAAUCCACCAGCCUCUGUACCACCUAUUCAAAAUCCAUGGGACCUAUGGAGCUGCCCCUGUACACACCUCCCACCUCCAGGGGCACGGAUUCCAGUGCCAACCUUCCAAACACAACUUGCACAAUCAUCAGAAGCACAGCCAUGGUCUCCACAGCCCACAGACUUCAGACCUGAGGUGCUGGUGCCAAAAACCCUAGUCCUGCGUGGGCUCUUGUCUUGGGAUGUUUCCAAGAUGGUGGCAGUUGCCACCAAAAGCUUCCGUGCCAUCAGGGACUGGCCCUGGAGCCAGAGGACACGCAACUUUGUAUGCUUACAUUCACUGAAAAGUUGGGUAACUACCUUUACAAACUGUAGUCAGAAUAUCAAGGCACUCACACAAUGUGGACUUUGAAUAAAAAAUGAAUCACCCAGACUAUUUUUUAGCUCCCUGUAGCCAAAUUCAAAGCACCUGUACAACUAACAUCCUAUAGUUCAUCUACAUAAAAAAUCCUUCCUACAAAAUCCACUCCAUGCAAUUUACCAGAGGUGCAGAUAUCAGUGACUGGACACAGAAUCAAGAGUGGAAACAUGGCACCUUCAAUGAGGAAAAUGCCUCCCCAGGAAUAGAUCUGCACUUGAGGGACAGCUGUGAAAAACCCGAGAAAGAAUUUACAAUGGUGAUUGAUCAUCAGUAAGAUGUCAGCAAAUAUACACGAAUGAUAAGAAGUAAUGGGUAAAAGAAAUUCGGGCUAUGAAUGGAAAAUUCCCCAAAGACAUAGAAGUCACAAAACAGAACCUAUCAGGGGCUGGGAUUGUGGCUCUGUUUUUCUUGCCCAGCAUGUGUAAGAAACUUGGUUCAAUUCUUAGCACUACAUAGAAAUAAAUGAAUAAAAUCAAAGUCUAUCAACAAUGAAAAAAUAUAUCAAAAAAGCAGCAAUGAGAAAUUUGCAACUGUGAACCAUUAAAAACAAAUUAAUAGAACGUUUGCACCAAAGAUUUAACGAGCAGAUGAAAGAACUUCUGAACUUAAAGAGAUGUCUUUUUAAUUUACCCAGUCAGACCAAAUAACCAACCAAACAAGCAAUUAAAAUAAAUGAAAGUCUAGUAGGCUUGUGGAUAAUAAUAUGUGAACCAAUGUUCACAUUCUCAAAAUCCCAGAAGUUGAAGGAAAAGGGAGUAUCAUUGAAAAUAUACCUUAUGAAAUAAUAGCCAAAAACAACCCAAGUUUCCAAAGAGGUAAGAGUAUCGAGAUGGAAAAAGCACCAAAACAGACCUUUAUGCAGGCACAUUACAGCAAAAUGCAAGAAGUACAAGAAUAAUAAUUCUAAAAGAGCAAGAGACAAAUGUGUAAUGACUUAUAACAGAAUUGCCAUUAGACUUAGAGCAGAUUUCCCCACAGGAACCUUACAAGCCGGGAGAGAAGGUGAUGAUCUAUGGAAAAUAGUGAAAGAAAAUAACUGGCAACCAAGAAUACUGUACACUGUAAAGUUAUCUCUCCAAAGCCAUGGUGGCCUACAACUGUGACCUUACCCACUGGGGAGACCGAUGCAGGACGAUCACUGGUUUCAUGCUAGUCUCAAGAACUUAGUGAUGCCCGCAGAGCAAAACAACAAGGUCAGUGAGGCUACUCAGUGAUAGAAACCCUGGGUUCAACCCAGUACCACCGAAACAAACACCUGAAUAAAGAGCAAGGGUGAUCAGCCAUCUCCCAGACGUGCAGAAGCUGAGGGAAUCGAGCACCACUAAACCAGUCCUACUGAAAUACUUCUUUCCUACAUUGGUAACAGAAGAAUGAGAACUAUCAUUCUGAAUACAGAAAACUCACUAGGAGAACAGACAGAAGAGAAUCAAAGUGUAGCAUCAGAAAACAAGUUUGCAUUUCUAAUUUAGACUGCAUGCAUAAGAGAGUUUAUGCAAUGCUUUUCUUGGACUGGCUUAUUUCACUUAGCACAUAGGUAUUAACAUUUCAUCCGCAUCAUCCCAAAUGACAUCAUGUUCUUCUCAAAAGCUAAAGAAAAUUCACAGACAGGCCUACUCAGUUUUGUUAAUCCCAUCUUCCUGAUUGUACGUUUAGCUUAUUUCUACAUAUUGGCGGCUGCUGGUGAAGCGGAAGUGAAUCUUGGAAUGCAGAUAUGCUGACAAGGGCUGAUUUCAUUUCCUUUCUGUGUAUACCUGGAGGACGGGCUGUGGAGUCAUAAUUACCUCUAUCUUCAUUUCCUUUGAGGAACCUGCACAGUCUUUCCCAUGAUGUCUGUCUCAAUUGAUAUCUCCACCACCAUUUCAAACAUGUUCUCUUUUCUCCAUAUUCUGGCCAAUUUUUGGCACCACUUUUUCAUAAUGACCAUCUUAAGGGGUGUGAGGUGACUGCGACAACAUAAAAAUAAAACUCCUAGAGAAAAACAAAGUUGAAAAGCUCUUGGCAUUUGUCUUACUCAUAGUUUCUCUGGACAGGACACGAAGAACACAAGGAAUACAAUGAAAAAUAAAUGAAUAUAUUUAAUGAAAUGAUUCCAUAUAACAAAAAUAUAAAUGGGUGAAAUAAAGAUUUCACAUAAAUUUUGAGAAAAUAUGUAUACAUGGAACUUGUUUGACUUGAUUUGAGAGAAUCUAAUAACCUGAUUUGACAUGGGCCAAAACCUGAAUAGAAAUUUUUUCAAAGAAGACCAUCUUAAAAGUGUUAAGGUACUAUUCCUGUGAUUUAACAUGAAACUAGGAAAAAGUAUAAUAGAAUAGCUUUUGGUGUAGGUCUCAACAAUUAUUUGUUUGGAAAGGACACCAGGAAAAAGGGAAUAAAAACAAAUGAGUGAGUACAUUAUUCUGCACAACAAAGGAAUAAGCUGGUGAAAUAAAAACAAAUAUUUAUUAACCACAUAUCUCAUUAUAGUAUUGUUUCUAUGUGUACAUGGAACUCAUGCAAGUCAAUAGAAAAAAGAAAAAUAUCUAUUAACCUGAUUUGACAUGGGCCAGGACCUGAACAGAUGUUUCUAGAAGAAGAGAUAAAAUGACUAACAGGUGCUCAGCAUUCCUGACCAGCAAGAAUUGACACUCAAAACCCUAAUUUGUAUUCUACACCUCAUUUAACUCACACAAUAAAAAUGAGUAUCAAGUACAGGAGAUGAUCUUCUCCAUCCCACCACAGAAGACACUGAGACAUCAGGCAUGGGCUGCCCAAACUCUCUUUCAACCUCAUUGUCCUUUCUCUACUGCCACAGAGGUCUAGAAAAGUGGAAUACAGCUCAUAAAUACAUCACCAGAUAGGCAAGGGAUGAAAGUAGACACAAGGGAAUGUAGAAUAUAUUAACAAGUCUAUAUGCAAAGAAACAGACCGUGUGCAAGGAACUGUCACAAAGACGUUCAUUUAAAAUGUUCUCAUAAAUCCCCAGCCCCCAGUGAAUUUUACCAUAGUUGGAACAAAAUUAGUACAAGUGCUUCAAGGUGAACUCCAAAACACAGCAGAUGGUAAAAUACUGAUUAUCCGGUUGUACGGUGGAGUUUAGGGAGAUGUUGUUCAAAGUGCACAAAAUUUCAUUUAGUUGGGGGAAAUGUAAAAGAUCCUUUGUAAAAUGUGGUGAUGGCAGGUGAUAAGGAUGCAAUUUUUAUUGAAAAUCACCCAGAGAGAAGACUUUAGUGUUCUCACCACAGAA